AUGCCGACCGUCAAGAAACCGCGCAACAAGGGCGUCACCUACAAGCUCGUCCCACGCUCUUAUGGCGACGCCGACGCCGCGGAGGGACCGAUUUGGGUGAGUGAGGCGGAGUUCUACCGCAACCACCAGGACCCGAUCACAGCAGAGGACGAGCAGGACAAGGCGCAGCGGCAGUUCCGCAUGUACGCGGCGGCGGCCAACGCCGAGUUCACCGAGGAGCGCCGCCGUCGCCGACGCACGGAGGGUGAGGAAGAGGACGACGACGACGGCGGCGAGGAGGAAGGCGAGUGGGUCGACGGGGACUGGGAGGAGGAGGGUGAAGAAUGGGAGGAGGAGGCAGAGGCAGAGGCAGAGGCAGAGGCGGAGGUUUCUUCUGCAGCAGCAAAAUCCACCAAAACGGUUGCGUCUGCUCUCCCCGGCGCCUCGGUGCCCACCCCAGCCGCGCCUUCUCAUCUUCACCCCCCUCAAUCUGCCGCUGCUGCUGCACACGACGGUGGCGGUGAUGUUGAGCCCCACCACGGACAAGACGCGAGUGCCGACCGCGCAGCAGAUGGACAGAGGGGGCGGGAUGCGGACAAGGCGGAGGCAGAGGAGCAACUCUUCGAUGACGCGGUGGAGUGCGAGGUGACGGACGACUUCUUGCGUCAGCUCGUCUUCGGCAACGGCGACGCGGCGGGUGGCGAUGAGGACGGUGGCGAGGGCGACGACGAUGACGAUUCUAUGAUGGACGAGGAGGACGAGGAUUGGGACGGUCUGGACGAAGAAGACGGGGAGGUAUGGCGGCUGCUGACGGAGGAGGAGAAGGCAGCGAUCAAGGCGUCUCGCCGUCGCGGCACGGCCCGUCGUCGAAAGAUGGCGUCGUCCGGCGAGGCCGUCGCAGCGGCGGCCCGUACCCACGCGGCAGACGGCACGGAGUACCCCGUCCACGACGUCACCCAGCGCGCGGUCGACCGUCAAUUUACGGAGAUGAUGCGGGAGUUCAAUGCGGAUGCGCGGCUCAACGAUGCCUGCAUCGACGACCCGCGUACGCACGGUGCGCUGCCGAUGGAGAAGUACAUGGCGGCCCUCGAGGAGUUCGUGAUGGACCGCGCCGGCGUGGACGUGGAGACGGCUGAGCCGCACAAGAACAAGGGCUUAAUCCAGCAGUUGAAGUACCUUACCCACCACGCCGGCGCCUUUGACUCCGAUGGACAGGGCACCUACAUGACGACGUUGCUGCCCGAGAAGCAGCAGCGAUUUGUGGCGGACUUCCAGAAGGGCACUGAGGAGAUUCGACAGGCGGCACGUGUGCGCGUGGCGCAGCGUCGUCAAGCCGCCGCGGCUGCCGCGUUGGUUGCGUCACCCUCUGCCACGGCCGGCGCCUCAGGGGAGGCGGGUAGCGCUGCCGCUGCGGUUCCGGCUCGCACGUCUGCGGAGCUCGCAGAGGAGGUAGAAGAAGAGGAGGAGAUGAUCGUGCUUGAGGUGAAGCCGAAGGCCGACCGCCUUGACUGCGAGACCGCCGUCAGCGCCUACUCCACCUACUACAAUCAACCAAAUGUGCUUCAGGCGCCUCGCAAAGGGCACCCGAUGGGCCGUGGUGCGAGGAAGGCGGUGGGGGUGGUGAAGGGUAACGUGAUCAGCGCUGCGGAGGCCGCGAAUGCGACGAGCAGCGACGCGACGAAAAAGGCGCCCUCUCGAAGCGCGCAGCUCCACGCCUCAUCCAACGACGACGACGACGGCCGCCGCAGCAGUGGCAGCGACGAAGACGAAGUGGCGGCGACGAAUGCGCAGCGCAGUUUCGACGUAGUUCCCACAGUGCGCCGCAAGGACGAAACGAAGGAGGAGAAGAAGCUGCGGCGGCAGGCUGUGAAGGUGGCGCAGCGCGAGCGUCGUCAGGCGAAGAGCGCCCUCAAGUCCACGUACAAGAAUGUGGAGGCAGAGGAGGUGAAGCGCAGUGCCACCUCGCAGGCCGCACGUCGCACGGUGCACUUUAUGUAG